UGUCCAGCGAGCUCAGGAAGUUGAGGUAGAAACAGAGGGGAGGGCUGACGCAGUGAAACAUUUUCCCUCUGCGUUUCAGUUUUUCCUAAUUCAGUCCUGCUCCUCAUCAAGAGGGAGAAAAAGGGGGGGGGGCAGAGAAGAGGUGGGGUUUCUGAUGGAGCAGAGAGGGUGACAGAGAGGAGUCGAACACUGAAUCUGUGGAAAUAUAAUGGAAGGCAGCAUUGUUUCCCAAGACACUGGCCACACAAGCCCUCUGACAGGAACGCUCAAUACUGCAUCCAUCCCCUCAUCUUCUCCCCUGUCUCCACCCUCCCUGCCAUCGAACCUUCCAGCCCGCCCAUGUCGACCCAAACCACUGCCUCCUGCAGCCAAGUCCACCCAGCUCCCCUCUCGACCUCCUCUACCUCCAUCCACUCCUCCCUCCCUCCCUCCACCUCUCCCACCUGUCUCCAAACCUCCUCCCCCUCCCUCCUCCAAUCCUCCUCCUCCCUAUGUUGCUCCCUCCCUCUCCUCCAACCACCCUCCCCCAUCUCUCCCGUCUCCUCUCUCCCCUACUCCAGUCUCUCGUUCUCCCCCUCUAUCCCUCCAGUCGACUGUGUCCUCUGAUCUUACCCCCCAUCCUACACCUUGUUCUCCUCAAUUAUCUCCAAUUAUCUUAUCCUCCUUCUCACCACCCCCUGUCAUCCCAUCAGUCUCUCCAACUCCUCCAUUGCUGAGUCUUUUAGAUCGGCUGGUUGAGAGCACCACGGUAUGGCAGCCCAAUGGACUCAGCCAAGAUCAAAUCACUAAUAUAAUGGAGAAAGAGGCAGCUGGGGCCUUCCUGGUUCACAGCACAGAGGACAAGAGCAUAACGCUGUCAGUACGCCUGCCUAAUGACCAGGGGGCGAUGCUCGUACACAAUCUGAUGGUCAAACGACACAAAACAUUUCUCCACUUAGAUGGCUCCUCUCUGCUUUUUGAUGACAUCCUCAAAUUGAUCUCCUUCUAUUGUGCCAGCAGGGACAUCCUGACCAUCCAACUGAGGUUACCCCGGGCCAUUACCACGGCAACUAAGAGAGAGGAGCUGGAGGUCAUCUCUGCUAUGGGUGCAGAUUUCUGGACGUCCAAACUGAACCAGCAGACAAACAACCAGGACCUGGUUUUGGAUCAGAACAGUCUGUAUUUGUAUGUCAACCCGGUCACUGUAGAAGAGAGCCCCAAGAAAGACCUGACCCACUCCUUUAUCUCCAAACUUGACAUCAUCACAAAUCAAAACAUCUCCUCCUCCCUGCAGAAUGGAGAAGCCCCCACAGAAGGAUGGCCAAAAAUGACCAUGCCCAACCAGGAGAUUAAAUACAAACGCCCCCCACCCAGACCACCCAGCCUGGGCUCAGGGUCUGUGAUGGGCCUCCUCUUCUCCUCUCCCCCCUCUCCCCACCCUUUGUCUUCUGUAACUUCAGCAGCUGUGAGAAAAGAGGAAGGAAGGGGAGGAGGUGGGGAGCAAGAAGAGAGGAAGUCAAUGUCAACAUCACCUUCUCCGUCGAGGCCUCCUGUCCCCCUGCACAGCCGAGUCGCUCCUCCAUUGCUUCCUGCUCCUCUCCGUCGCACCUCCUCCAGGAAAAGCACUGACCGAGAGGUAGGAGAGGGGAAAGAGAGAGAGAAGGGACAAAAUCCUGCAAGGAAAGCUGAGAAAAAGGGGGGAGGAGACAGAGGAGAAGAGAAAUCAGGAAGUAAACCAGGUCUGCUGGGUGAAGGGGUUGAAAAAGAGAACAGUAAUCAAAAUCAAGAGGAGGAGGUUAAAAAGGACAGAGAAAAGAGAGAGAAAGAGAAUGAGAAGGAGGAAAAAGAGAUGAAAAUGGAUAAAGAGGACAAACAAAAAUCUGGUUCCCAGUGUCCAUCAAUAGUGAAGAAACCGUCCCGUCCCGUCCCUCCACCGAGGAGGAAAAUGUGUUCCCCAGAUGCACCUGUGAGCCCCAACCAGGCUGGAGGAGGGUUAGCAAAUCAAAGUGCUGGGAUGAGAGUCCCCCUUCCCUUACCAGCGCAGAGGCCAGAUGUCUCACUGUAUUCACCACAAGGAGGCGCUGUGGUGGUAACCGACCCUGAUUCCUGCUCUACCAGCAGCACAGAAGAAGAGGGAGAGCUUAACCAGGAACAGGAGCAAACCCAGAAUCGUCCUACAGAGAGCCCUAGUCCGAAGGCAGCGAUUAGGAGAACCCCCACCACCAUAAUGUUGGACCGAGCCCGCUACCGCCUGUCUAGCGUCAUCACCGGCCUCAUCAGCCAUGACCGCCGCCUCACACAGCGCAUAGUAGUGAUGGCCAGGGACCCUUUGAGCUACUUUGGCAACCUGGUCAAAGAGCACCGUGCCUUCACCUUGGAGACCAUGUCAAAUCACUCCUCUUCCACGGAGCUGUUACAGGAGAUCAGACAGAUGAUGACUCAGCUGAAGAGUUACCUCCUGCAGAGUGCAGAGCUGCAAGCCAUGUUGGAGCCACAGCAUCAGUAUGUACAAGACAAACUAGAGAACAUUGUAGAAGCUGCCCUGUGUAAGAGUGUGCUGAAGCCACUAAGGGAGCCAAUUUACCAGUGUCUGGAGAAACUACAGAACAACAACAACGGCCUGAAACAACUAACACAGAACCAGUCUGUUGUCAUAGGAAGCACCACCACAGCAUUAGGAGUAACCACUGCUGUGCCCGAGGCCUCUGCUAUGGAGAAGAUCAGCAUCAAACUGAACAACCUCCAUCUGGAGUAUUCUCCUCAGAAAAAGAUUGAGCUUCUGCUGAAGGCUUGCAAGAUCAUCUAUGACUCCAUGUCUGUCAGCAGUCCAGGGCGGGCCCAUGGUGCUGAUGACUUCCUGCCUGUAAUGAUGUACGUCCUGGCUAGAUCCAAUCUGUCCGCCCUGCAGCUGGAUGUUGAAUACAUGAUGGAGUUGAUGGACCCAUCUCUAACAAUAGGAGAAGGUUCCUAUUAUCUGACGACCACCUAUGGGGCUCUGGAGCACAUUAAGACUUUUGACCAGCAGAGAUCAGCAACACGGCAGCUCAGCAGAGAGGUUCAGGACUCCAUCCACCGCUGGGAGAGACGACGCACACUCAACCAGGAGCGCAUGGCUCAAGGAUCUGUUCGGGACUUUCUGACAGUGUGUUGUCCUGAGAUCGGAACCAACCCAAGGACUCUGGGUGUCCUCCCCACCACGAACAUCGAGCAGCUGACUGAGCAGUGUGGAGCACGCUUUGAACAAGACUCAUACACACUCAGUGUGUAUAUGGAGGGUGUUCAGCGGCCCCUGGCCUCGACUGAGCUGGCCCUCAGUGUAAAGAACAGCUGCCAACCCGGAGCCUACUGCUUUGUCUAUCACCCUGUCAACCAACCCAGCAAACAGCCCGGCCAAAGCUGCCCCAGUGACUUGCCCCCAGCUCCACCUGCAGAUAGCUUCUUUGCUGCUGACCAAAUCACAGUGGAGCCAGAGGCGGUAGAGGAGAGUCUGAUUAGCUUGUAACUGAUCCUGCAACACAGUGGAAUCUGCUGUAUCACCAUGGCAACUAUCAACAAAAUGAACCAGAAAUAUUAAUCUAAUUCUGAUUUAAAUGUAAGGAUUUUUGCAUGCAAGAUAUCUCAAAGGACUUGGAGUGUGACGAAAACAGAUACGGUAUGACUCCGUUCCUAUGAAGUAAUAAGGGGCUGACUGGUCUGAUGCUGCAUACACUCCCAAAGACAGCAGUGGCCACGUAAAAUGAGAAAACUAACAGAUAAAGACAGAUUUUGUGCCUCAACAAGGGGUCUGGAACCCCAGGGACUGCAGGAGGAUAUGGCUUUAUAGAAGAUCAAAUCCAUUCUACAAUGCACAUACAUGAACAUGUAUAUACUGUUUAUACAUUAUGAUACUGAUUCUACUCUAUCUGAUGCUCAACACAUCUGCUUCGAAAAGAGGUAGAUUAAAGUAAAGUACGGAUUAUUUAGGAUUACUAGGUUCAGGAUUAUAUUAACAGGAUAAAUCUGUAAUUUCUCUUAAAAACAAGUCUAAAGUAUCUAGAUUAAUGUUACUUGGUGAUAACUAGCUCCAAAAACACUUGUGUAAAGGGAAAAAUGUGACAUUUUCCAUAAAUCAGAGUAAAUAGAAGUUAUAUUGACCAAUACCAAUACAAGUUUCCUUCCAUGAUUCUCUAUAAACUGAUAUUGACUGUACUGUAAAUAAACUGGAUUUGAGUUUCCAAA